UGUCGGCUUCACAGCGAUGAAGAAUAUGGCGGAACUCGGCGGUAGCCGUACGCUGGGGGGGUUCAUAUUUGAAAACUUCUGGUGCUCUAAAGUAGGAAAGAGGCUGAUCUAAAGGCUCCCCGAGAAAAGGAAAGUUGUAGCAGUCUCUAGUGCUUGAAGAGUAAAUACAGAGGCAUGGAUGUGCAAAAGAAUCUGUAUUUUUUCGGUGAAAUGUGGUAUCAGAUUUUUCUUUGGUGUCUGGCAACAUCAGUGUUCAUCCAUUGUAUUUCAGCUGCUGUUGCUUUCUUUGCUCUGAGGCAACAUUCACGAGGCAUGUUUUUUCCUCUCCUUAUAAUAUUCAUUGGAUUUCUUUAUCCAAUCACUGGAGGAAUAGUAACAAGUGCCACAAUAGGGGCAGUAUAUCGAACAGCUCAUUUCACCAUGCCAAGGUAUGCUGCAUUUCUCUGGGGUGCUGGACAAGGCUUCCUAGGCUUUCUUGUGUCAUAUUCACGAAUAUUGGCCACCCUCUGACAAAAUACUUACCAUCAGACUUAAAGACACUCGUAUUCACAAAUGAUGGCCAUCCUAUGACAAAAUACUUGCUACUUGAGUGAAAGACACUGAAGAACUAAAAAAGAUGUGGUUUCUAUAAAGGCUAGCAUUUACACAUCAGGCCUUACAGGAAAUGAAAACCUUGUUGCUUCAAGGGCAGUUUGUGGUUAUUGUAGGUUAAAAGAUUGGAAAAUUCCUCCAAUGCUUACUUUUAUUUGUAUAUAGGUGUGGAAAUCAAUAAAAUCGACAGCCUCAUCUCUUGUGA